UCGUUAUCAGCUGUUUAUUAAUUCCUGUGUAAAACAAAGUGCAAGCGGAACACCAGAAUUAAUUAUGAAAUUAACUAAACUAUAAUUUUUCGGACGGUUCUUAAAUUUACAUAUGCAGAAACUAAAAGUUACAACGCAAUGAAGAGGCGCGUUAUUAUAAAAAAGAAAAAAAAUUCAGCGAGCAAUUCAAAACUUUCCAUCGACGAUGGCGCACCCAUGAAAUAUGCAUAUACUGGGCGCAUGCUGGUACUGAUUGAGGCUUAUAAUGUUGCGGUUCAAAUUCUGUAUCCCAAGUUCCCAUGGUAUGUAUUUCCAGGGAACCUGAUCUACGAAGUUUAUAAGCGCUAUAUAAAAUACUAUAAGGGCAAAUAUCGGCUGGUCCCCAUACCGAAUACUUUGUAUGAGCUAUUAAUUGCCAACGAGCUUAUAAAGUCGGAACAUAUUGUAUUCUCAACGAAAGAUAUUUAUGAUGAAUAUACAGAGUCUGCUGAUGUAAAUUUUGUUAAUUUGGUUAUUACCACCGAGGGCGCUUUACAUCGCUCAUCUACUGCUGCCAAUACAAAGACUUUAAACUCUGCACCCGAUAAUGUUAUCAAACAAAUGCUUAGUUGUGCGCCACAUACAAUCGUCGCUCAGCUGCUACCCAGUACUAGUAGUCAAUCAAAUUGUAUUUUUGUACAGGAGAAUUUCUAUGCUAAUUUAAUGGAUCGUUUUCGUAUAACUAACGAUUGUAGUAGACGCACACGCUUCUGGGCACAUCUGGAGCACUUAAGCGACGAUCAAACGAUUCCUAGUAUUGCUACCAAAGCGCACAUCUAUAUAUUAAAUAAUCCAUAUGAUUUGCCAGCAGAUGUGUCCGAGUUAAUUCUUAAUAAUUAUUUUAACACACCGCGGUUGCUACAUCGUGGACACACCUAUCGCAUUGAAGUAAACGCGCAACUGGUGGGAACCGCUGCGUAUGCGCACUAUUACUUAAUUUUCGCUUAUUUGAAACAUGUUUACUUCCGGUGUGCGCAUCUUGAGUUAAAAGGCAAUGAUUUUGAGAUGCAAGCCAUUGUUGCUAAGAAUUUCACUAACUUGGUGCAGGUGCCGCACACGCACCACUUUCUGCCGCGGCAACUUCUAGACAAUAUUGCAAUCACGGGCAACUAUCCCACCGGCUUAAGGCGUUCAUAUCACCUAUUGCGCGACUCCAUCGAUGCUUUUUUGCCCAAAAAGUCUGCCUGCUUGUCGUCCAAGCACAUCUACCCCAUAUUUCUUUUGCAAGGUGAGCGUGGGGCUGGCAAAACGAAACUGACAAAUGCCGUUGCGCAAGAGCUGGGUCUCCAUGUAUUUGGGGUCGACUGUGCUGAAAUAGUAUCACAAGUGCCUUCUCACACCGAAAUGAAAUUGAAAACAGUUUUUGCAAAAGGUAGCAUUAGCGAGCCAUUACUAAUAUGCUUCCACAAUUUUGAGAUAUUUGGCAUCGAUAAUGAAGGUAAUGAGGAUCUCCGCUUGUUAUCUGCUUUUCAAGUGCAAAUUGAGGAACUAUUCACACACGAUCGCAAGCAUCCAAUUGUUAUCGUAGCCCUAACCAAUGAAAAAUUUCUCAAACCAAUGAUACAACGACUUUUUUUGGAGGUCAUAAAAUUGGAAAUGCCAACCAAUGAAGACCGUUACAGAAUACUAUGUUGGUUACACUCACGCGAAGUCGUCAACGAUAAAAUUUUCAAUCAAAAAGCGAUUGCAACUUUACCCCUUUUUAGUUUAGACCAAAGCGAUCGUUAUAUGCCGAAAAUCUCCCCAAAAUGGUCGCAAGCGAAAUCCGUUUUGCGAGAUGUUGCAGAGAAAUCACAGGGCUUCUUACUGGGCGAUUUGCAAAUGCUAUAUGAGAACGCAGUCCGUGCAAUGCGUAACAGCCGAGAGAUUAAAUCCAGUUCCUGCCUCAAAUUUACACACUUUUCUAAACACCUUAGCAAUAUGCAAUCUUUGUUUGCCGAUAGUCUUGGGGCGCCGAAAGUGCCGAAAGUGCUUUGGUCUGAUAUAGGUGGUCUUUCCAAACUCAAAGAUGAAAUUCAGAGUAGUAUCGGUCUGCCAUUGAAUCACAUGCAUUUAAUUGGUAAAAAUUUAAGACGUUCAGGAAUACUACUUUACGGUCCACCAGGAACUGGGAAGACUCUGGUAGCAAAGGCUGUAGCCACGGAGUGCAAUUUAAGUUUCCUAUCGGUUCAAGGACCAGAACUAUUGAAUAUGUAUGUUGGCCAGAGUGAGCAAAACGUACGCGAGGUCUUUGCACGCGCACGUUCAGCAGCGCCCUGUGUACUUUUCUUAGAUGAAUUGGAUUCUUUAGCGCCGAAUAGAGGUGUUGCUGGCGAUUCUGGCGGUGUAAUGGACAGAGUAGUAUCGCAAUUACUUGCUGAAAUGGAUGUCUUAGGCGAUGCAACGAAACCAGUCUUUAUCUUGGCUGCUACUAAUCGACCUGAUCUUAUUGAUCCAGCAUUACUGAGGCCUGGUCGUUUCGAUAAGCUCUUUUAUGUAGGUCCAUGUGCGACGACCGAUGAUAAAGCAUCGGUUUUAAGAGCGCAGACACAGCGCUUCCAUUUAGCUAAAGAUCUAGACUUGAAUGACAUUGCUGCACAACUUAAGGGAGAUAUGUCUGGCGCUGAUUUGUAUUCGAUAUGCUCGAACGCUUGGUUAUCGGCAGUAAGACGUACAGUUGAUAAGCAUCUUAAAGAUAAUACCGGUAAUGAGCAGCUAGUAGCGGAUAACGUGCUGGUCGAGAUGCAGGACUUCACAAAGUCUUUCAGCAAGUUCGUACCAUCGAUCAGUAAAAAUGAUUUGGAAUACUUUAAUCAAUUGAAAUCGUCUUACGGUGUUUAGCCACUGUUAUGUUUAGACAUUGGAUAACAAAAUAAUACACAGAUGAACAAUUUCAAUCUAACUCUUUUUAAGAAAAAUGUUAAGUAACAGUUUGUUAAUGAUAAAAGUUAUAUAUAAAAAUUCUUCAGCUUCUUUGA